AUGGAGGAGAGUGACCUGCUGAAGGAGAGGCUGCAGGCCAUCACUCAGAAGCAUCGAAUUCAAGAGGACAUUAAAAAGAAGAAAGUGAAACUCGAUCAAGAGAAAUUCAAACUGCAACAUCUGAAGAAAAAGGCUCUGAGAGAGCAGUGGCUGCUGCGAGACUCCCAUAAUGGAGCAGACUGCACACAGCAGCAGAGCUUUCUGUCUGACCGGGAGCACGCCAGAGCCCUGCAGCUCAGCAUCCACAGGAUUGAGAUGGAGGUGGAUUCUCUGGAGAGAGAAGAGUCUAUGAUCAGCGUUAAUGAGAGUUUUAUCCUCAGUAGACUCAAGGCAGUGGAGAAAAGUCCGGAGGACAUUAUCAAGGAAGCCCACAACAGCUUUGUUCCUGAACCAUUACACUUAACCACAGCAAUCCCUGAAUCCUCCUCCUCACCAGCCAGUGAACAGUCUCUGUUUAACAUGCAGAUCAAUGUGGCUAAAAACACUCUGACUGGGGAGAGCUCAGUACUUUCUACGCCAGAUGUUCUUCUGAAAGACUUUCACCAAAGCACCGGGCUCAGGGUUCAUGAUGAUGUCCAGAAGUGUGUUUGUGCACUCAGCUCUCAGCAGGCAUCACGUGGCCAGAAUGGUGUUUCUGAGCUAUCGGCCAAUGAGGUGGGACAUUUACUGAGAAAUGCUACAAUGCAUUGUCAAGCAAAGCACCAGAACUGGAACAGGGUGGAGCAUGACCUCGGGAAGCAGCCGGGACACUAUGAUGUCCUGCAAAGACACAAAGCAGACAAAGACUCCAACGAACACAGAAACCCACGCAGUGAGCAUCACUGCUGUGACCAGGACAGCCGUCUUAUCAAAAAUGAAGGCAGGAGCCAGCAAACCAAUCGGACGGGAAGUUGUGUGACGCUGGAUCACUAUGGCAACCAGCGAGAUUGUCACCGUAGUUCAUAUCCAGUGAGAAAUUGUCACCGUCUUCAGGAAGGCGGGUCUGCACGCCACCAGCCCGGCAGCAUGACCAGAAGCAGCAGCAGGAUUACUGAACCAUCCAGGCGCUGCGUGGCUCUCAGGACACAUGACCAGGAAAUGCUAACACACACACGGUUCAGCUACACUCCCUGUUAUAUUCCUGCUGUUGAUUAUAUCAGUGAGGAAGAACAUUACCCAUCAUUGCACCAGUCAAACAGACAAACUGGGAGCAGAGCACCCCUUACUGGAGACGACCCUGCUGAGCCGAUCACAGCCAUAUUCAUGGGUUUUCAGUCAGCGUUGGACGAGAGCCGGCAGGAGUUUGAAGGUUCCCUCAAGGCUGAACUGGUCAUUGUUGAGGACGAUGAAGACUAUGAUGACAGCAACAUGAAGGAGAAGAAGAGCCACGUUCCAAAGCCAAGCGCAAGCAAUGGAGCUGCUGCACACGUGCAGGGAGACGGACAGAGAGCGGUGGGACCAGGCGUCAGAAAGAUCCGGAAAAAGCAACAACCGUGCUGCAGUGUCUGCUGACUGAAAGCCUUCUUCACGUGGUGCUGCCUGAAAGGACCGAUGCUCCUCGAGCGCUUAGUGACCGACGGCUUUUGUGAAGGGAAGACGUGAAAUCAUCUCCAGCUAAUAAACAUGUGACACUGUUUAGUUUGGUCUUUAUAACGUAUAUCCCAUACUGCUGUGUGUCGCUGUAAGUGGACUGUUUCUACUCUGCUUCACCAAAUCACACACAAUCACACAAGCACUGUUUUCCAUGCCUAAGCACUAACAAUGAAUGAAUGAAUGCAUCAGAGAGCAGGAGUUCAGUAUGUUGCCCCAGCAUAUAUAUGCUACAGAUUCAUGUAAAAUGUAAGAUUAACCCACAAAUCUGUCAUCUGAAGCUGGAAUGCAUGGAGAAAGAAGACAAACCCAAAUAAAUCACUUUGAACAGGA